AUGUCUAGUGAAACUUUUGAAUUUCAAGCUGAAAUCACUCAGUUAAUGAGUUUGAUUAUCAACACUGUUUACUCUAACAAGGAAAUUUUCUUAAGAGAAUUGAUCUCCAAUGCUUCCGAUGCUUUGGAUAAGAUUAGAUAUCAAGCUUUGUCCGACCCAAAACAAUUGGAAACUGAACCUGAAUUAUUCAUUAGAUUGACUCCAAAGCCAGAACAAAAAGUUUUGGAAAUUAGAGAUUCUGGUAUUGGUAUGACCAAGGCUGAAUUGAUUAACAACUUGGGUACGAUUGCCAAGUCUGGUACUAAGGCUUUCAUGGAAGCUUUAUCUGCUGGUGCCGAUGUUUCUAUGAUUGGUCAAUUCGGUGUUGGUUUCUACUCCUUAUUCUUGGUCGCUGACAGAGUUCAAGUUAUCUCUAAGCACAAUGAUGAUGAACAAUACAUCUGGGAAUCUAACGCUGGUGGUUCUUUCACUGUUAGAUUAGAUGAAGAAAAUGAAAAGAUUGGUAGAGGUUCUAUUUUGAGAUUAUUCUUGAAGGAUGAUCAAUUAGAAUAUUUGGAAGAAAAGAGAAUUAAGGAAGUCGUUAAGAGACAUUCUGAAUUUGUUGCUUACCCAAUUCAAUUGGUAGUUACCAAGGAGGUCGAAAAGGAAGUUCCAGUCGCUGAAGAAGAAAAGAAGGAUGAAGAAGCUAAGGAAGUGGAUGACAAGAAACCAAAGCUAGAAGAAGUCAAGGAAGGUGAAGAAGAAGAAAAGCCAAAGACUACUAAGGUUAAGGAAGAAGUCACUGAAUUAGAAGAAUUAAACAAAACUAAGCCACUAUGGACCAGAAACCCAUCUGAAAUUACUCAAGAAGAAUACAAUGCUUUCUAUAAGUCUAUCUCUAACGAUUGGGAAGAUCCAUUGUACGUUAAGCAUUUCUCUGUUGAAGGUCAAUUAGAAUUCAGAGCUAUCUUGUUCAUUCCAAAGAGAGCUCCAUUCGAUUUGUUUGAAAGUAAGAAGAAGAAGAGUAAUAUCAAAUUGUACGUUCGUCGUGUUUUCAUUACUGAUGAAGCUGAAGAUUUGAUCCCAGACUGGUUAUCAUUCGUUAAGGGUGUUGUUGACUCUGAAGAUUUGCCAUUAAACUUGUCCAGAGAAAUGCUACAACAAAACAAGAUUAUGAAGGUUAUCAGAAAGAACAUUAUUAAGAAGUUGAUCGAAUCUUUCAACGAAAUUGCUGAAGAUUCUGAACAAUUCGAAAAGUUCUACUCUGCUUUCUCCAAGAACAUUAAGUUAGGUGUCCAUGAAGAUUCUCAAAACAGAGCUGCUUUAGCUAAGUUGCUACGUUACAACUCUACUAAGUCCACUGAUGAAAUGACUUCCUUGACUGAUUAUGUCACUAGAAUGCCAGAACAUCAAAAGAAUAUUUACUACAUUACUGGUGAAUCUAUUAAGGCUAUCGAAAAGUCACCUUUCUUAGACGCUUUGAAGGCUAAGGACUUCGAAGUUCUAUUCUUAGCUGAUCCAAUUGAUGAAUACGCUUUCACUCAAAUGAAGGAAUUCGACGGUAAGACAUUGGUUGAUAUCACCAAGGAUUUCGAACUAGAAGAAACCGAAGAAGAAAAGGCUGAAAGAGAAAAGGAAAUUAAGGAAUUUGAACCAUUAACCACAGCUUUGAAGGAAAUUUUGGGUGAAAAGGUUGAAAAGGUUGUUGUCUCUCACAAGCUAUUGGAUGCUCCAGCUGCUAUCAGAACUGGUCAAUUUGGUUGGUCUGCUAACAUGGAAAGAAUCAUGAAGGCUCAAGCUCUAAGAGAUUCUACCAUGUCAUCUUACAUGUCUUCUAAGAAGACUUUUGAAAUUUCUCCAAAGUCUCCUAUCAUUAAGGAAUUGAAGAAGAGAGUUGACGAAGGUGGUGCUCAAGAUAAGACUGUCAAGGAUUUGACUAACUUAUUGUAUGAAACUGCUUUGUUGACUUCUGGUUUCACUUUAGAAGAACCAAAUUCCUUUGCUUCAAGAAUCAACAGAUUGAUUUCUCUUGGUUUGAACAUUGAUGAAGAUGAAGAAGAGGAAGAAGAAAAGACUGAACCAGAAGCUGCUGCUGAAGCCGAAGUUGAAGCUGUUCCAGCUGACACUGAAAUGGAAGAAGUUGAUUAA